CCCCUCCCUCUGUUACCUCUCUGUCUUCACAUUUUCAUUCCUCUUCUUCACCAAGCUACCUUUUCUCUCUCUCUUUCUCUCUCUAAAACCCUAAUAAAUCUUUGUUUUCCCUAUUCAUAUUUCUCUCUCAAGAAACGAAUACAGGCUUUUUUAAUAAUCUAUGUUAAUAAUGGAUUUAUGUGUAGCGUUUAUGGCUUUAGUAUUGGUGUUAAGUCCACGCUUUGGGUCAGCUGGGGACAUAGUACACCAAGACAAUAUCGCUCCAAAGAGGCCUGGUUGCGACAACAACUUCGUACUGGUAAAAGUCCCAACGUGGGUGGAUGGUGUAGAGGAUGAAGAGUAUGUUGGUGUCGGUGCUCGUUUUGGUCCUACCUUGGAAUCGAAGGAGAAACAUGCCAAUCACACUAAGCUUGUUAUAUCAGACCCUCCUGAUGGCUGCACCAAACCGAAAAAUAAGUUUUCAGGAGAGUUCGUUCUUGCACACCGAGGUAAUUGCAGCUUCACAACCAAGGCAAAUAUUGCUGACGAUGCAGGUGCUUUAGCAAUCAUCAUAAUAAACCAUCAGACAGAACUUUUCAAGAUGGUCUGUGAAACCAAUGAGAGUGAUGUAGAGAUAGGCAUUCCUACUGUCAUGCUCCCACAAGAUGCUGGUGCAAACUUGGAAAAUUUACUAAAGAACAGCUCCAUGGUUUCUUUGCAACUAUACUCUCCUCGGCGUCCACCGGUGGAUGUUGCAGAAGUGUUUUUAUGGUUGAUGGCUGUCAGUACUAUAAUAUGUGCUUCUUACUGGUCUGCACGGAGUGCAAAAGAAGCAGCUAUAGAGCUGGACAAGCUCUUAAAGGAUGGUUCGGACGUAGAUAUGGAUGGCUUUGGUUCCAAUGGUGCUGUGGACAUUAAUGUGACAUCAGCCAUUCUCUUUGUUAUAAUUGCUUCUUGUUUUCUCGUUAUGUUAUACAAACUAAUGUCAUUCUGGUUCAUUGAGGUUCUGGUGGUUCUAUUUUGCAUCGGCGGCACAGAGGGCCUCCAAACUUGCUUGGUGUCUUUAUUAUCUUGUUUCAGAAGGUUUCGACAUGCUGGGGAGUCGUUUAUUAAAGUUCCCUUCUUCGGAGCUGUCUCAUAUCUUACACUAGCCGUUUCUCCCCUCUGCAUUGCAUUUUCUGUUCUCUGGGCAGUUUAUCGAAGCUAUUCGUUGGCUUGGAUUGGUCAGGAUAUCCUUGGCAUAGCAUUGAUUAUCACAGUUAUUCAGAUUGUUCGUGUACCAAACCUCAAGGUUGGAACAGUUCUUCUCAGUUGCGCUUUCUUGUAUGAUAUUUUCUGGGUUUUCGUAUCAAAAUUGUUGUUCCAUGAGAGUGUGAUGAUAGUGGUAGCUCGUGGUGAUAAGAGUGGAGAGGAUGGUAUUCCAAUGUUGCUGAAGAUUCCACGGAUGUUUGAUCCCUGGGGUGGGUUCAGCAUAAUUGGGUUUGGUGAUAUUAUAUUACCAGGAUUGCUGGUAGCUUUUUCACUAAGGUAUGAUUUUCUGGCAAAGAGAAAUUUUCGAGCGGGAUACUUCGUUUGGGCGAUGACUGCUUAUGGUUUAGGUCUCCUUGUCACUUACAUUGCUUUGAACAUGAUGGAUGGACAUGGCCAGCCGGCUCUGCUUUACAUUGUUCCAUUCACACUUGGCACUUUUCUGACUCUGGGAAAGAAGAGAGGUGAACUCAAAACUUUAUGGUCAAAAGGAGCACCAGAGGGAGGGCCCUGCACUCACAUCCAACUCCAACCGUCGCUGUAGUAUGCCAUAAAUUCUUGUUAAUAUAUUUGCUUGCUAGUCAUAGUCAGUACCGGCAGCUCGGGAGUUUAAUAUGCAUGCAUAUAGGUAUAGGAUGUAACACUUGUAGAAUAAUCAAUUAAUGUUCACAUAUAGUGCCACUUGAGCUUAGGAUGCAGUGCACAAAAUGUAACCCCUGGUAUAUGUAGGCAUGAGUGUAUUAUUACGAGCCAAAACCAUUGAGGGACUAGUCCGAGACCAUCUGAAAUUAAAAUUCUCUAAUGCUAGCAUUUUUACUGUAACAACUUGUUAUGUGACCAUAUGAAUGGAUUACUUCAUCUUCUUGAAGUUUUGAGUCCUGAAAUUUUCA